UCCACAAACUGCAUCUUACCAAACCAAGGAAUUUAAGAGCCUUAAAAGCUGGACCUUAAGCCACACAAAAUUUUAAAUGCGUGUGCCACUCAAUGGUUGUCGUUGCACGCAGCAGUUGAGCGCGUGCUCUAACAGUGGGAUACUUUUGAAUUGUAAAGUAGUCCUACCGUCUCCGGGUGUUAUAAAAAAAAAAACCUCCCCCCCUCCCCGUGUUCCCCACUUCCUGUGUGUCUGUUCCCAAAACGCUCACUCCACAGUGGGUUUGCUGGCGUUGCUGAUUAUACUACUAGUUGAGGAGUGGGCUAAUAACAUGUCUCUCACACGCUCUUUACUUAAACUACAAAGUAAUGCUGUCUGUAUAACCUAAUAACAGUCAAAUCUACUGGGUCCUCUAACCUUGGGGUCCCUAGGCUCGUGCCUACUGUGCCAAUUGGGUAAUCCUGCACUGUCUUUAGGUGACUGUGGAUGAUGUUGGAUGUGAAUAGUCACCUGAAGAUUGGCUCCACCCGGUAUACCCCACCUGAAGUUUAACCACCCUUACACUACAUCGGCUGUGUUGGCCUACACUGUCCUAGAACUGUCUUAGGAAGAUUGCCCUGGAAUACAAAGUCUGUAGAUCAACUGGAUCCUCCUAAAACGCUACCAGCAUGGAGCAGUCGUACCAUGUCUACUGAUGGGCAGUCAUCUGGUAAUAUUGAAACUGCAUCCACAUAUACAGACACUUCCCAAUAUGAGCAUCUCACCAUCACUCUACAGCAUGGAGUUCGAACCAUCACUUUUAAUAGACCAGAAAAGAAAAAUGCUCUAAAUGAAAAGAUGUUUGCUGAGGUUGCAACAGCUUUGCAGGAGGCUGCUAAUGAUCCUAAUACCAUCAUUGCAGCCACUACUGGGGCUGGAAAUGUUUACACUGGUGGCAAUGAUAAAUCAAAUUUCCACCACAUGCCCAUGAUUGAAAUCCGAGAUCUUUUAACCAGACACAUGGCAGCAUUCAUUGAUUUCCCAAAGCCUUUGGUGGCUGUGGUGAAUGGUGCAUCUGUUGGUGUGGGUACCACACUACUGCCACUCUUUGAUGCUGUCUUUGCCACUGAAAAGGCAAUUUUCUUAACACCCUUUAGUGCACUUGGCAUUACAGCUGAAGGCUGCUCUUCCUAUACUUUCCCUCUCCUCAUGGGACCUGGAAAAGCUGCAGAAUUACUCCUGUUUAAUAAAAAGAUUACAGCAAGAGAAGCAAGGAAGCUCGGUUUAGUGACAGAUGUAUACCCAGAUGCUACAUUCCAAGAAGAAGUGUGGCCUAGGAUUUAUGACAUGGCCAAAUUGCCUCUCAAGUCACUUGUGUACUCCAAAGCGCUUUCUCGUGAUAUACACAAGGAUGCCCUUCAUCAGGUGAAUAUUGAGGAGUGUAAGCGAGUAACAGAACGUCUUACAUUUAAUAUGCAACGUGGAGAGGAGCACAAAGAAUUCAUCAGAACUAAUUGGCCAAAUUGUCAGUGAUUACCUUACUUCUGGCAACAAUAUUGUACAAUAGAUGUUUUUAUUAAUUGUAAAUAUUUUUUCCAUUAAAGAGACAAAGCUUUUGAUUAAUAGUAAUUAAUAAAAAAUAUAUACAGUGCAUUACAUGUAUUUAUAUAAA